AUGGUGCAUUUAAAAAAAUCAAAGCAGAGAGUAGCAGUAGUAGUAGCACUUCGUCAGUCUUCGCCAGUGCGCUUUCCAGCGGAUCCCAAUGUUCGACGGCGACAUCGUACGACAUUUACGCAGGAGCAAUUAGCCGAACUGGAUGCCGCAUUCCAGAAAUCACACUAUCCUGAUAUCUAUGUUCGAGAAGAAUUAGCUAGGAUUACGAAAUUGAAUGAAGCACGAAUACAG